GAUUGGUCAAUAAAAGGAAGGAUGUUUGGCGCUAGCAAUCCUUUUGGACAAUCAUCGAAUAGUCCGUUUGGGACAACACAGCCGGCUUUUGGUCAGACCAGUAAUGCAAGUAACAAUCCUUUUGCGCCGAAGCCAUUUGGUAGUCCGACUUCUCCUUUUGGUGCACAAACAGGAAGUUCUAUAUUUGGGGGCACUUCAACUGGAAUGUUUGGCACACCCCAAACUGCUUCAUUCUCUGCAACAAAUGCUUUUGGUAGCUCAACGCCUGCUUUUGGAGCAUCUAGUACCCCUGCUUUUGGAGCGUCUAGUACCCCUGCUUUUGGUGCUUCAUCGUCAUCAGCAUUUGGUGGUUCUUCUGUUUUCGGUCAGAAGCCUUUUGGAGGCUUUGGGUCUACUGCUCAAGCAAGUCCUUUUGGAAGCACAAAUCAGCAGUCACAACCAGCUUUUGGGAAUAGUUUAUUUGGUUCCACACCUUUUGGUGCACCAACUCAGUCUGCAUUUGGCGCUACUAGCGCUCCUGCCUUUGGCGCUACAAGUACUCCUGCCUUUGGCGCUACAAGCACACCACCCUUUGGGUCCACAAGCACCGCCCCAGCCUUUGGCUCCACAAGCACUGCCCCAGCCUUUGGCUCCACAAGCUCUGCCCCAGCCUUUGGUGCCCCAAGCUCCACCCCAGCCUUUGGUGCCCCAAGCACUGCCCCAGCCUUUGGCUCAACGUCGACUCCUGGUUUUGGUAGCACAGGAACUACAUUUACCAGUUCCCCGUUGUUUGGAACUGGUGGAGCUUUUGGAACUUCCACCACUUCAGGUUUUGGAGCUUCAACUACCACACCUGCCUUUGGGAACUCAACUGUUUCUGCCUUUGGGACACCAACUACUUCUGCUUUUGGGGCUACUUCAUCACCAUCCUUUACGUUUUCAUCCAGUCCAGGUUUUGGCCAAUCAGCUUCUGCUUUUGGGAGCAGCCCAUUUGGAAGUACUACAUCAACUUUUCCAGCCCAGACUUCUCCCUUUGGAGCCCAGAGUACAACAUCACCAUUUGGGAACAAUGGCUUUGCCCAGUCAGGUUUUGGGGUGCAACGUCCUGGAAGUAGAGCAUCACCAUAUGCAGAAACAGCUGAGGCAGAAGGUGGUGCACAGGCUGGGAAAUUAUUGUCGAUAUCAGCCAUGACUGCAUACAAAGAUAAAAGCCAUGAGGAGCUAAGGUGGGAGGACUAUCAAUUGGGAGACAAAGGUGGACCGCUUCCUGCUGGUCAAUCUCCUGGCGGGGGCGGAUUUAAUGUCUCAGCCUCACAGCCAAAUCCUUUUGCUCCUCCAACUGGACUUGGUCAAACGUCUGCAAAUAUAUUUUCUUCAACAACUACAAACCUGUUUGCUCCAAAAACUCAAACAUCUACACCUUCAUUCAACACAACCUCCUUUGGCCCUUCAACAUCUUCCAAUCUCUUUCAGUCAUCAACAACACCUGCAUUCUCAGCUGGCUCAUCUCCGUCUCUUUUUGGAUCAACAAGUACACCUAGUUUUAGUUCAACACCAUCCUUGUUUAGUUCUACUGUAGGCCAAGGAACUGUUUCACCAUUUGGUUCUAGUAUGUUUAAUAACACCCAACCAUCUCUCUCAUUUCCAUCAACCACACCUUCACUGGGACAGGCUACUGCAUUUUCACAGCCCAGUCCAUUUGGACCAAGUACCACUAGUUCAUUGUUCAGUAGCCCUUCCACUGGUGGCCUUUUCUCAAGCACCCCGUCUCUGAUAACUCCAAAUCUGGGGGGGUUUAAUCAAAUGACACCAUCGCAACCAGCACCUUUUCAAAUGUCUCAGCCAGCUCAGAAUGCAGGUACUUUUGCCUCGAACUUUAGUCAGACACAAGCAGCUGGUAUGAGUGGCUUUGCUGGUGUAUCAAACAAUUUGGGGCAAUUGUCUACCCCACAAAGUGCUGUUGCUAUACAACCAGUGCCUGUUACAAAUCCAUUUGGAACACUUCCUGCAAUGCCUCAAAUGUCUAUUGGUCGAGCUGGAACUACACCUUCAGUUCAAUAUGGGAUUUCUUCUAUGCCUGUCAUUGAGAAACCCUCUCCUGUUAGAGUAUCAUCCUUAUUGACUUCGCGGCACCUGUCACAGAGAAGGAUUAGGUUGCCUGCUAGGAAAUAUUACCCUAAGCAUGAUGGUCCAAAGGUUCCAUUUUUCAGUGAUGAAGAAGAAACGCCCAGUACACCAAAGGCAGAUGCUCUUUUUAUUCCGAGGGAAAACCCAAAAGCUCUGGUGAUUCGUCCUAUGGACCAGUGGCCUCCAAGGGCAAGUGCAGAUAAAGCAUCUCCAGUGAAUGCAUCUGCACCAGUACAUGAGAAUGGAAAAAAUUCAGAAUCAGACUUUGCCAAUCUCUCAAAUGGUUACACUGCUGGUGAUAAAAAUAAAAAUUUGGCUGAAAAUGGUGUGAUCAAGGAGCAAGCUCCCCAUGUCAAAGUCAACCAGAAACCUAACGGAGUCCAUGAGGAUCAUUCAGCUCAGAAAGAGGAGUCCUACAUGACACUCAGUGGUCACAGAGCUGGCGAGGCUGCAAUUGUGUAUGAGCAUGGAGCAGAUAUUGAGGCGCUAAUGCCAAAACUGCGACGUUCUGACUAUUUUACUGAGCCUCGUAUUCAGGAACUGGCAGCCAAGGAGAGGGCUAAACCGGGUUUCUGCCGCCAUGUUAAGGAUUUUGUGGUUGGAAGGCAUGGCUAUGGAAGCAUCAAGUUCUCUGGUGAAACAGAUGUUCGACGGCUUGAUCUUGAGUCCCUUGUUCAGUUUAAUAACCGGGAGGUUAUUGUGUACAUGGAUGAUAGCAAGAAACCACCCGUUGGACAAGGUCUCAACAAGCCCGCUGAGGUAACACUUCUCAACAUAAAAUGCUUUGACAAAAAGACCGGACGUCAGUUCACAGAAGGACCAAAAAUAGAGAAAUACAAGGAGAUGCUCAAAAGGAAGGCCGAAGACCAAGGCGCCGAAUUUGUUUCAUAUGACCCUGUUAAAGGAGAGUGGAAGUUCAAGGUCAACCAUUUCAGCAAGUACAUGCUGGAGGAGGAAGAAGAGGAUCCGGAUGCGCAAGCUACCGUAGAUUGUUGACAACUGCAGGCAGUCCCGAGGGAGUGAUGCAAGGGUUUUUGUUUGUUUUCGAGGGGGCCUGGACUUGUAUAGGAUUUUUAUCUAAGUUGUGAUAUAUUAGCGCUGAGUAAUGUGGUUGUGUAUCACUAGCUCUUGCUUCUUCCUUUCCUUGCCCAAGUUCUUACCCUUCAUCUUUUCUGCUCAUCGGCAUGUUGUUCUUUUAGUUUCACUGUUUCUGAUCUUUGUAGGGGACAAAAUGGAGGGAUGGUCGGUUUCCUUUUUCUACUAAAAUUGAUUCCUUUUAUUGUGUUUGAAAUUCC